AUGGUUAAUGUGAUGAUCAUGUUUGCUGGUUUUCAAGAACAUCAGGAGAAAGCAAAGCAUCUUCUGAUCAUCAACCAUGGUUUUAGGUUUGGUCAACUCUUAAUUUUCUUCCUGAUCAUUCUUUCAAGCUUGUGGAAUUGUCAUGUUGCUGCUGCAGCAGACAAUAUUGGGGACACACUCAAAAUAGGCGACACUCUCAAUUCCUCAAGCGCUUUAGUUUCCACCACUGGGAAGUUCACUUUGCUUUUUUUGCCCCUCAGUUCAAGUUCCAACUACAGCUAUCUAUAUAUUAGGCGGUACAAUGUAAGUGGUGCGAAUAGGGCUUGGGUUGGCAACCGAGACUCGCCUGUUCUAUACCCUUUUGGAGUUCUUACCUUGGACUCCAACAACACAUUAAAAAUCAUUACAAACAAUGACAGUGGUGGCGGCGAUCCUCCUAUGGUGCUUGGCUCCGUGCCAAAAAGUAGUAGUAAUGUUGCGGCUACUCUGUUGGAUUCUGGCAAUUUUAUCCUACAAGAGUUGAACUCCGAUGGAUCAACGAAGCAGGUGUGGUGGCAAAGUUUUGAUUAUCCAGCAGAUACCUUUUUACCAGGCAUGAAGUUAGGUGUCAACCGUAGCAACGGGCACAUUUGGUCUCUUACGUCAUGGACAUCCGUUAACUACCCACCGCCGGGGCCUUUCAUCCUAGAUUGGGACCCAACUGCCCGCCAAUUGGAAAUUCGGAGAGAAGGGGUGGUUUAUUGGAGAAGCGGAAACUAUAGUGCUACAAACAACAGAUUCCAAAACAUUUUGCCGAGUGCAAAGGUUAGCUACAAGUUUAGCAUUGUUUCAAAUGAGAAUGAAGACUACCUCACUUACACUUCUGAAGAAGGUGGUGCUUAUGAGUUACCAUAA